AUGCUCAAACUCUCUACUGACAAUACAGUUAACGGAUUUAUACAAAACUACAGUCACCUUUUGACAGGUAGCCCUGACAACGCCAGUGUAUUGACUUUAUCUUUCAACUUGGAGAUUUGUAAGGUCCAUGGAAGUUCAGAUGGCAAAUGUGAAACAAACUGUAAAUGUUUGCAUAUUUGUAAAUUUCAAAUGAUGAAUCGCUGUUCCAGAGGAAGAAAUUGCAUUUUCGGUCACAAUUUGAGGAGUAAUCAUAAUAACUCCGUGCUGAAAUUUCAUAAGAUGGAGAAAUUGUCCAACCAACAGAUUCGCGAAUUACUAAGCAGCUUAAACAACCGAAAAGGUCUUACUCUUCCUGGCAUCUGUUCCUUCUAUAAUUCGAACAUUGGAUGUCAGAGGUCUCGAAAAUGUUCAUUUCUACAUUUAUGCAAAUAUUUUAUUCGAGGUAAUUGCAGAUUUGGUGAAGAAAAAUGUUGCUUCUCUCAUGAUGUUUCCGAGGACCAACCUCGACGUAUCUUACGUAGAUAUGGACUCAAUGGAACGACCAUAGAAGACCUUCAGAGAUUGAUGGUCGCUGAGUACCCUUCUUCAAGUGACGAAGACUACUUAUAUACGUCAGAUGAACAAUGUUCAGAGAGUGCUUCAUCAAAUGAAUACGAAAGGCAAGAAGCAAAAUCGUUCUCCAUUUACGACCAACUCUAUAAGAAAUGGGGAAGCUCUGAUCAAAGUAAUAGAUUUGAGGACACGUCUGACUCGUCAAACGAAGGACAAGAAUUUGACGCAUUAGCAAAUCAAGAAGAAAUGCGUGUACCGUUUGAGAACGAAAGCUAUGCUCUGGAUCGGUUACGAACUUCUGGUGAGAAAAUCCAUUGCUUGACAGCUUGGACUUCUGAGCCUCUUUGUGAAUCUAGGCACCAGGCGCUAGAUUUCGGAUUGCAUAUAGAUGAGGAACGUAACGAUCCGCGUGAAAGAAAUUCACCACUAAUAGGAAAUGACGUGUUACAAAUGACUCGAAGCGCACCCAGCGUUGCCCACUGCUGGCAGGUAUUUACAAGGACUGAUAGAAGGACUGUGGAGCUUUCAGUAAGGGAUCACCAAGAAUUAGAAUCCCUCUACCAUACCUACCUACGAGCUAAGCAGCCUACCAUACGAUUGAACGGACGAAACAUGUCGAUCGACUUUGAGGCAAUGUCAGGAAGAAGGAAAACAGAAAAAGGAACGGAAGAAUUUAUAAUCAAAAGAUAUCACUCGGCCAAUAUCAGUGACUGAUUGCUUGUGUGGGAGAUUUAAGGCCGAUGUA